AAAAUUCGGGUACAAACGAACGAAGCGCAGUGUAUUAUGCGGCGAUAAACCGGCGUUUGUGUGCGAACAUUACGAUAGAUAUACCGAUCAAUUGUCAACUCGAACAACGUGUUUCUCUGGUCGUGCGAUCCGGGAGUCCAACUACAUUUUAAUAAAUUCCUAGUGAAGAAAUAAAAAGAUUGUUUCGCGAUGGCUGCUAUGUCUGUCAUUGGUAUUGAUUUCGGAAAUGAAUCAUGUUAUAUCGCUGUGGCUAAAGCAGGUGGUAUAGAAACGAUAGCCAAUGAUUACAGUCUGCGAGGUACUCCAUCAUGUGUGGCCUUUUCCCAGAAGAAUCGAAUAUUAGGUGUGGCCGCAAAAAACCAGAUGGUCACAAAUAUGAAGAAUACUGUGUUUGGCUUCAAAAGACUUUUAGGAAGGAAGUAUUCUGACCCGCAUGUUCAAAAGGAGCUUAAACACUUCCCAUUUAAGGUGGAACAGAUGCCAGAUGGUGGAAUUGGAAUUAGAGUCAAUUAUCUUGGAGAAGACAAUGUAUUCAGUCCAGAGCAGAUAACUGCCAUGUUGUUCACGAAGCUGAAAGAAAUUGCAGCUAUUGCCUUACAAACCCAAAUAAAUGAUUGUGUUAUAUCAGUACCUAGUUAUUUUACUAAUGCUGAGAGGAAUGCUCUUUUGAAUGCAGCCUCUAUUUCUGGUCUAAACGUAUUGCGCCUAAUGAAUGAAACAACUGCCACCGCACUUACUUACGGUAUUUAUAAACAAGAUCUGCCUGCUCCUGAAGAAAAACCUAGAAAUGUUGUGUUUGUAGAUUUCGGACACAGCUCUUUGCAGGUUGCGGCCUGUGCCUUCAAUAAAGGCAAAUUGCGUGUGCUGGCUACAGCUAAUGAUCCUCAAUGUGGUGGCAGAGACAUAGAUAUGGCUCUCGCUGAUUACUUCUGCCAAGAUUUUGUAACUAGGCUUAAACUGGAUGCCAGGAAAAAUCAACGAGCUUUCCUCCGUUUACUCCAAGAGGUCGAGAAAUUGAAGAAGCAGAUGUCUGCUAAUAGUACCAGACUACCUCUCAACAUCGAAUGCUUUAUGGAGGAGCGCGAUGUUUCUGGCGAUCUGCAACGGUCGCAGAUGGAACAGAUUUGUGCCGAGACUUUCACUCGCAUUGAAAGAACUCUAAGAGCUAUUCUUCAUAACGCAAAACUAAGACCUGAGGAAAUCCACUCCGUUGAGGUUGUGGGAGGUUCGACUAGAAUCCCAGCUGUUAAAAGUUUGAUAGAGCAGGUGUUUGGUAAACCUGCCUCUACUACUUUAAACCAGGACGAAGCUGUGGCUCGAGGCUGCGCCUUGCAGUGCGCCAUGUUGAGUCCGGCGGUGAGAGUGCGCGAAUUCGCUAUCACCGACGUGCAGCCGUACGCUGUGAGGCUUGCCUGGGAUGCCACCCGCGGAGAAGACGGAGAUAUGGAGGUAUUCCCUGCAUUCCACUCGGCUCCAUUCUCGAAAAUGUUGACAUUUUAUAGAAAGGAGCCUUUCUCAGUCAGUGCUUAUUAUUCAGAUCAAGUUCCUUGCCCUGACUCAUUUAUUGGUCAAUGGCAUAUUAGAGAUAUCCAACCAACAGCAGAAGGAGAGUCACAAAAAGUUAAAUUGAAAGUGAGGGUAAACAUUCACGGUAUAAUAACUGUAGCAUCCGCUUCACUGGUUGAAAAGAAACAGGAUGCUGCGCAAAACGAAAGCAUAGAAAUGGAGAAUGCUAACGACAACGCGCAGAACCAGGAUGCGCCGAUGGACACUAGCGGUAGUGCUCAAGAUCAGCAACAGAAUGGUCCCGAUAGCCAAGAGGUGAGAGACGAGGAAAUGAAGGGGGAGCCGCAACAAAAACAAUCGUGGACACAGAGAGUAGGACAGUGGUUCAGCGGGGAUAAUGAUGACAAAAAGGAUAAGUCAAAGGACAAAUCGAAGAAAGUGAUUGUAAAAACAAUUGAGCUACCCAUUGAUGCGCAGACACAUGGAUUUUCUCAACAGGAGCUUAAUAGUUAUAUGGAGCAGGAGGGUAAAAUGCAAGCACAGGAUAGACAAGAGAAGGAGCGCGCGGACGCCCGUAACGCGCUGGAGGAGUACGUGUAUGAGCUGCGCGGCAAGCUGUGCGCAGGCGCGGCGCUGCACGACUUCGUGCCCGACGAGCAGCGCGCCCGACUCGUCGCGCAUCUCGACCAGCUCGAGCAGUGGCUCUACGACGAGGGCGAGGACCAGAACAGACAGGUAUACAGCGACAAAUUAACUGAACUGAAAACAGAAGGCGAGCCUAUAAAGCAGCGACGCCUAGAAUAUGAACUUCGUCCGGGCGCAUUAGACGACUUUGCGCUGGCAAUUCAAUUAACAAACAAGGCCAUCGACUUGUACAAAGCGGGUGAUGCGAAAUACAGCCACUUGGGUGAAGCAGACAUUCAGAAAGUAGUGGAGACGUCGAAAAAUGCGCUGAACUGGCUCGAGUCGGCACGUCAGGCGCUCGCGCAUGCGCCGCGACACCUGCCGCCCCCACACACCACGCACCAGAUCCGCCAGGAGCGACAGAACUUCGAGAGCAUCGUGAACCCCAUUCUUAACAAACCGAAACCAAAAGAAAAGACGCCACCACCAGCCAACCCCACUGCGGGAGACGGCCAGCCUGACGCGCCGCCGUCGAGCGAACAAUCACAGAACCAGGAACAGAUGGACGUGGAGUGAAAUCGCAGCUAGCACGCGUUAACUGCACAUAACACUCAAUAAUAACAGACAAAAUAUUAUACAGUCGCUACUGUUAGUUUCUAAUGCAAGAAUACAUUUAUUUUGUGUUUCUAUAUCUAAUAAAGUUGCCUUUGGUGUUUUUUUUGCGCGAUAAAACAUUGAUAACUAUUAAACGAAGUUAAAUUUAGCACGUACACCUAACUAAAUCCUGAACGCUUUUAUAUAUGUUUGAAAAUGUGCAUUCUCAAUUCUGUUAUAUGUAAAUUUAGAAUUUGUGCAACUCUGUUUCAUUGUUAUUAUUUAGUUUUGUGAUUGUAUAUAGCGCUGUGUCUUUCUGUAGGUGUACUUGGUUAUAUUAUGAUAGCUAAUAAAUAUUUAUUUUUAUUGUGAUGAAAUUGAAAUGUCCAAUACAUUAUUGAUGCUUUAUAUUACAAUGUGUAUGUACUUUCCGAAGUAUAAAAAAUUUAGUUUUGCAAGGAAAGUUAUUUCCACAGCGCAAUAAUUUUCCACAAAUAACAUAGUAUUAACUUAAUUUAAUUACUGCUAUAAUAAUACUUUUUUGAUGGAAAACUUAAUUCAUGAUAAUAUAGCAAAAUUAUUAAUAGAGUACAUUUAAAACGUACUCAUAUAUACUUUCUAGUUUAAUUUAAGGUUUCCCUUUAAUUAGUUCAUAUUUAGUUUUAAUAAAAACGAUGCAAAUCUCUUACAAGUGGUAUAGAUAAACGUUAAAUGUUACUUGUUUGCUAGUGAUAUGUAUAUCGUUCGGUUUAAUUAAAACGCUCUACCGAAAAUCCUGGAUAUGAACAAAUUAAUGCAGCAUAGUUUGGUUACAAUAGUUACAUCAGUUAUUGCUUUCUGAAAAUUGUAAUUGCUCUUAUUCCAUUGAGAUAGUACACAAAAUUAUAUUUGUUUUAAACGUCAAAUAGUUAAAUUGUAUGAAUUGGUUUAACGAGAUAUAAUUAGUAUAUAUAUGAGUGAUUUACAUUGCUCUAUUAACUGUGAUUAUACUCUACGGACGUCAUGAAAAUUUAUAUUCCCAUUUGAUCGUGCCGAAAUAUAACACUAAAUUGCGCAUGUAAUAUAGAUAGUAAUUAAUAAAAUUAUUUCUAAAUUCGUUUAUUGAAGGAAAUGACCAAAUUAUUUCAUUUUAUUUACAUGUUAUAAAAAUAAUAUGUAUGCACAUCGUUAAAUUACAAUUACCAAAUAUUACAAAAGGCUAUUAGUGUUUGUUACUAAUCAAAUCCAAGUAAUUUAAACUUGAAAAUUUUAGUAAAAAGAUUAGCCGAAACAUAUCCAUUAAAGGAAUCUAUUGUGUGCGUUUGACAUGUUAGCAAUAUUUCGUAAUUUGCAGUAUUGUCUUUAUAAUGAUGUCCGUAUUGCAUACAAAGUAAAUUUCAAAAACUUUCUUAUAUUCCCGCCACCACAUUUUCUGAUAGCAGCUUUUCACGUAAAAGUCCCUAUUAUUUCGGUGUUUAAAAUUAUGUUCUUUGUAUAGUAUAAAUAAUGACAAAAUAGUCUGCAGAGCAAACACUAUUUGUACCACCCUGUACAUGAUAUAUGGAAAUGUUUAUAAUGUGAGUCUAUUGAUAGUAAAUAUUCAUCGGUAGCAGCAAUGAUACAUUUGAAAGUGCUUUGUGAUUGCACAUCCACAAUAGUUUGCCAUUUUGGCUUAGUUUAUAACGUACGUUAUCUGUCACUUCGCUACUGCCAGGCAUUUAUACACAAUAUUAUGUAGUACGUACAUAAUACAUACUAAUAGUGUGCAUUUACUUUAAAGUGAAAUUUAAAUGUCAUAGAGGUUAUAUCACCGUAUAAUGUAAUAUGAAAUUAAAAGAAAUAUAACAUUGCGUUGCGCUUA